CUGAGGGAAGAUGAAUUUAGCAGAGAUUUGUGAUAAUGCCAAAAAAGGAAGAGAAUAUGCCCUCCUUGGGAAUUACGACUCAUCAAUGGUGUAUUACCAAGGUGUCAUCCAGCAGAUCCAGAGGCAUUGUCAGUCCAUCAGGGAUCCAGCAAUUAAGGGCAAAUGGCAACAGGUCCGACAAGAACUGGUUGAAGAGUAUGAGCAAGUUAAGAGCAUUGUCAGCACUUUAGAGAGUUUUAAAAUGGAGAGACCUGCAGAUAUCCCUGUAUCCUGUCAAGAUGAGCCUUUCAGAGAUCCUGCCGUUUGGCCCCCUCCUGUUCCAGCUGAACACAGGGCCCCACCUCAGAUAAAACGUCCCAACCGAGAAGUAAAACCUUUGAGGAAGGAAUCACCAGGACUGCAGCCGCGCGGGCCCGCGGGCAGAGCACACCCAGCAUCAAAAAGUGACAAGGCCACAAGUAGCCGAGAAAGGGAAUCUAGAGCUAGAGGAAGGGAUGACAAGGUAAGAAGAGGGCCUGAAGAGGGGGAAGGACUUAUAAUGCAGCUGGAGAAGUUUGCCAUCAUAGUCCGUUUGUUUGCUUUGCACAGGGAUGACAUAGCAGAUUUGGAAGAAGCCAAGAAAUUAUUAAGAGAAGCUGUUGUUCUUCCAAUGUGGAUGCCUGAUUUUUUCAAAGGGAUCAGAAGACCUUGGAAGGGUGUGCUGAUGGUUGGUCCUCCUGGCACUGGCAAAACAAUGUUAGCAAAAGCUGUUGCUACAGAAUGUGGGACAACAUUCUUCAAUGUGUCUUCCUCUACUUUGACAUCGAAGUACAGGGGAGAGUCCGAAAAGCUCGUCCGCCUCUUGUUUGAAAUGGCAAGAUUUUAUGCUCCAACAACAAUCUUCAUUGAUGAGAUAGAUUCCAUCUGCAGCCGCAGAGGCACCUCCGACGAACACGAGGCGAGUCGCAGAGUCAAGUCAGAGCUGCUUGUGCAAAUGGAUGGGGUGGGCGGUGCUCUGGAAAAUGAUGACCCUUCCAAAAUGGUUAUGGUAUUAGCAGCUACAAAUUUUCCCUGGGAUAUUGAUGAAGCUCUCCGAAGGAGGCUGGAGAAGAGGAUUUAUAUACCUCUGCCCACGGCAAAAGGGAGGGCAGAACUACUAAAGAUUAACCUUCGGGAAGUGGAACUGGAUCCUGAUAUCAGCCUUGAAGAAAUUGCUGAGAAAAUUGAAGGCUAUUCUGGUGCUGACAUCACUAAUGUUUGCAGGGAUGCCUCUUUGAUGGCAAUGAGGCGGCGCAUUAACGGCUUGACUCCGGAGGAGAUCCGGGCGCUCUCUAAAGAGGAGCUUCAGAUGCCGGUUACCAAGGGGGACUUUGAGCUGGCUCUGAAGAAAAUCUCCAAAUCUGUUUCUGCGGCAGACCUGGAGAAGUAUGAGAAAUGGAUGGCAGAGUUUGGAUCUGCUUAGUCUCACUGACAGCUCUCUCUUGCUAGACUUUUAUGGGUUUUGUUGUUUUCACUUGUAAAAUGAGUUGGAAAAUCCUUUUAAAGGUUUAAUGAAAGGUCUGCCUCUUUUCCCCCUCCCCUUCCUCCACCUAUUCUGGUGACCAGAUCUCAUUUUAAGCUCCAUUUGCAUUUAAAGGGAAUGAACGCAGUAACGAACUUGUAUUAUAAAUGAUAUUUAAUGUCUGAAGAGUUAAACUGGACAAACAGGAAGGGAAAAAUAUACUUUUGAGGAUAAUCUGUUAUUUGUCUGGUAAAGAGAAGUGUUCCUUGUCUCCAGUAGUGAGUGAUCUUUCAUGGCUGAAAUCAAUAAAUCUGCCAGGGGGAUGUGA